AUGCAUUUCAUCCUCACGACACCGAUAUCUCCCCAACUCAAGUGUGAAGGUCCGUUUGAUGUGAUAAUCGGCUGGAUAGUGCUGGAGCACGAGGACAUGGUCAUCACGUGCCGACUUAACCGCAACCAGCGUGGUGCCCCUCUCCAUCGGGGAAUUUCGGGACAGGUCAACCGAGCCGCUCUCGAUCCAAAGCCUCCUCCAUCUCCUCGACAUGCAUGCAGAUGUACCGCGGUACUGCGAUGUACGUCGUCCACACCAUCCGUUCGGGUUGAUGAGAGAGAGUCCCUGCAUUUUGCAUCGGCCAUCACCGAAGUCAAAAGUUCCAGACCGUACGAAAUCGGAGUUAAGGAACAGAAGAAGGCUUACGCUGUUUCCAGAAGGCGAAGACGAAAUGACAGAAAUCGGAGUCGUAAACAAGCGCGGCACUGGGACGUUCCGCAAAAGACGAUGAGCAGCUUUGGAACGAAUAGGGGAACGUCACGCGGAGAGAAGCCAACGCCUUCACGGUGGUUUGUGGAAAGGACUCGUCCGAAUCACCGCCCCUGGGGUGACGGCUGUCUCGGCAAUGGUUUCCGCUGGAAUAAAUGA